AUGAUUCCUUCCAGUCCCAAAAGAAAGCGCUAUGAGGAAGAGUCGCAAGCGAGUUCCACACCGGAAGGUCGGGUUGACUCUCCAAACGAUGAUGAUGAUGAAUGCCUUCCUCAACAUUUGAAAGAUAGGACUCAGUUGGAAGCCUUCAGAAUUGAUGCCUUGUUAAAGUUGGAGCAAGAAAGAGAGGCUCAUGAAAAGCGUAAGAUGGAAUUAGAAGUUUUGGAACACAAUGUACCUUCAUUGGUUCACGAAGUCAUGAUGACAAUGAACGGAAGUGGCAAUGAUGGCAACAAUUUGGUGAAGUUGAUGGUAGGAGGAAAAUUAUUCGUAACUACCCACCGUACUCUCAAUAAGAGAGAAAAUAUGUUGAAAACCAUGUUGAGUUCUGGUUUUAAAAUAGACACAGACGAAAAUGGAUGUAUCAUACUGGAUCGAAACCCAGAGUAUUUUCCAAUUAUUUUAGAACAUAUUCGUACCGGUUCUACUAAUUAUAUUGGCUUAUGGGAAGAGGUGAAUAAUGAAUCGAUCCAACAUCUCAAGCUGUUGCUUGAAGAAGCAGACUUUUUUGGAACGAGCAAGCUCAAAUCACGUCUUCAAACCUUAAUCACAGAAUAUGAAGAAAUCUUGGAAAAGUUAUCAAAGCAAAAAAAAUCCUUGAAAAAUCAAUCUAACCCAUCAUCAUGUAUGGCAUCUAAUCAAACAGAAAGGGACGAAGAAUGGGUUGGAAAAUUUGCACGCUUGACACUAAACGAAAAGGAAUUCAUUGAAAAGUAUGUUCAGCAAAAGGAAGAACAAUUAGCCAAAGAGAAAGAACAAAUCAAAGAGAGAGAUAACAAUAUUGACAAGUCGACAAUAACUUUUAACGUUCGUGGAGUGAAGUUUUCCAUUUGCAUCAACAAGCUGCUAAUUUAUACAGGCAGCAUUUUCUACGAAUUACUAAAGCAAGUGAAGGACCUUUCCCAAGAUAUUUUUAUCGAUAGAGACCCUGAAAUAUUUGCAGUCAUAUUUGAAUAUCUUCAAAGUGGUAUAUUUAAAUCUAUGCCAAAAGACUUUUCAAAGAGAAAAUUGGUCUACAAAGAGUCAAAAGAAUUCAAAUUGCAAGGACUGACCAAAUAUUUGAAUCCAUUAAGAUUCCCUAUCGAGGAAAUUGGAGAGAAGAAUCUCAAAAUCAAGCAAGAGGAAGAUUUUAUUAGAAAAUUGUUUGCAACCGAUCGUGACAAUCCUCUUUUGAAUGAUCCUCUUAUUCAUUUAGUUCCUGUUUUUGGUAAAGACAACAAAACCAGAACAAUUUUUACUGCAAUAGUUGAGCCUCCUCCAGCUGUUCCACUGCUCUUUGACUUUGAGGACCCAGAUGAGGUGGAAGAGCUUAUUCAUGACCAUUCUACUGUAUCACCUCCCCCAGUUCCAGAAAUUUGUGAAUCCAGAGAACAAUUUUUCCAACAAUUCAACUCAUUUACAAGCGGUCUGUUUAAAGAUUGUUGUUGGGAUAACAUGUUUUGUGCAGGAGGUGUCGUGGGGUUUGAUGGUACCCAAGUUUAUUGCUUACCAAGAGCUAUCCAAGCCAUUAGCACCAGAUGUAAUAUUGUAGAUCCUGAACGCCAAUCUACGACUUACGAGGUCAGAUUAGUGAAAUAUAGCUUGAGAGGAUUUCGAAUUGGUGUUCCUGGCUAUGAUCCAAAGAAAAUAUGUAAUCCCAAACUACUUGGUAAAUCAUCACUAUUUUCGACCUCUCGACGAGUUAAACAUAACAUUCAAGACAUUUCAGGUCUUGCUCGAAUUUUGCUUAUAAGACAAGCUUACAAAUAUCCAAAAAACACGAAAACGGCGUUAAGGUUAAUUGGAGGAGGAAGUAACAUUGACAAAUCAGUGUCACUUGUAAACCCUUCAAAAAACCAUGAUUAUUCUCAAAUAUCGAUUACUAGGCGCAGGUGGAAUAAAUUCCUUACGGCGCGCUUUAUAUAUCAACGCCUUAAAGAAAGAGCUCAAGUAUUAUUAGAUUAUCAUGAAACAAAAGUAUUUUUUGAGUGUUCAUUGAAUGAUGUUCAUGAAAUAUUGAACACAAAACAACCACAGAACGAUCUUCCUCCCCACAUUGAAUGGAUCACUAUUGAGCCCGGGAGACAAUAUAUUGGAAGUUUCCAUCCAACAACGAAGAACUUUUUUAUUGAUGCCUACAGUGAUCCACAAGUAUCUAAGAAGCCAAAAUAUCGAUACAAAUGGUCAUCCGUAUACAGAUCAUAUAAGAACAGAACUGUGUCAAAUCCUUUUUCUGAUGACAUUAGUGUGACCUUAGAAAAACAAUAUCGUUCGUAUUUGGCAAAUAAGAAAAACGCAACAUUCGAAAUGCCUCCGGGUAGAGUGUUUGAUUUCAGUAAAAUGACACUGACUGUGGAAAAGCAGACUACGAGUCUUUCCAGAAGCAUUAUUGGCGUGAAAUAUGAGAGAAGAAAACCCAAAAUGAGAGCGAUUAACGAAUAUCACUGUGAAGAGCCAUUCGAUGAUGAAAGUUCUCAUCCAAAGGACUCAUCUCCAACUUUCACUUUGAGAAAUAGAGCAGUCAAGAAAUUUGUGGACAAUAGCGAAGAAAGUACUGACGGGGAAAGUGAUUAA